GUUGACUCUUUCAAGAAAAAAUACUUCUCUCAUUAUCCUUACACAUUAACACUGAACCCUUUCACUCUCUUCUCCUUCAAUGUCUUCCAUCAACUUCAACCCAUUCAACGGAAACUGGUUCCCAUUCUCAAAACCACCAACUCCCCUCCCUCUCCCACCUCUUACCUCCCUCCUCAACUUCUCCAAUUCCUCAAAUUUCGCAUCAACCUCCAUCUCCACCACCAACACCUCCAAACCCACCACCACCGUCGAAGAUGAAGACACUGAACCCGGUCCAUUCACCAAAAUGGUCCAACAAUUCUUCUACGAAUGCGACUAUCUCCCAAACCACAGACACACACCACAAGUCAACAAAGUCCUCAACGAAAACGACAUUUACGAAGUUAAACCAAACGCAACGGAACAAGAAAUGAACGAAAACGAAGAGUUUAUGAACGAAAUGUAUAACAAUCCAAUUAUACAUAUGCUCAUGAGAUAUGAGUAUAUAGCUGAUAAGGUGAAUGAGUGGGAGUUGAAGAAGAAUGAGAAACCUCGUAAGCCUGAAGAUAGAGAGCAUUGGAAGAAAGUGCCUAAUAUUAUUGGGCUUGAUGGGAGGCCUAUGCCGAGAAAAGCGCAGUCACGGUAUGCAGCGCAAGAUAAGUUUUGGGAUUUUGCUAGACAAUUUUAUUUGGGGAUUUGGGGGUUUUGGCAAAGGCCUUAUCCUCCUGGGAAGCCGAUUGAUGUUGCUCAAGCUAUUGGGUAUAACACUCUCGAGAAUCGAUACUAUGAAUUUAUCAUGAAGAGUGGUGUAUGGUUCUAUAAGGAUCGGCUGGGUCGAACCCGAGGGCCGUUGGCAUUGCAUACACUUAAAACUGCUUGGGGUGGUGGGGUUAUUGAUAAAAACACUUUCAUUUGGGGGGAGGAUAUGGAUGAAUGGGCACCCAUCCACAUGAUUUAUGGAAUGGAGCGUGCAAUCGCUACUUGGGAAGUUCGACUUGCUGCUUCAGCGACAGCUUUCUUUCACAAACUACAAAAAGGUAUACCACCAUGGGUUCCUGUUAAGGGAUUUGAAAAGAAGACUUAUAACCAGCUUCAACAAGAGGCGGUGGAAAGCAAGAGACGUGAUUUAGCAGUGAUGGAAGCUAAUGAUGGCCUCUGGCCUGGAGUUAGAAUUCCAAGUCAUGCUCUAUUUCUUUGGGCUAGUGGCACUGAACUGACCACUACUUUGGAACAGGAUCACAUGCCCAACAAGUACAUUCCAAAAGAUCUUAGACAGAAGUUGGCUAAACUAAUUCCAGGAUUGAGGCCAUGGGAAGUUCUGAGCAUAGAACAAGCAAUGGAUCGAAUAACAUUCAAUGAUGAAUGGUACCGUGAACCACUUGGUUCGUACAACACAGGUCCACCAUUCAUCAGGCGCUGGAAUGCUGACAGGAUGAGGCUCUAUGAUGUAAUGAAUGGCAUCGCCAAUCUGCUGGGUGAUGUAAUGAUGGCGAGAUUUCCUGGCUUUGAUAAAAUUCAGAAAAAAGUCAAGGAGGAUUCUAUUAAAAGAAUAGAGAUAAUUAGGAGGAGGGUCAAGAGAGAGGCCCGCCUUAGAAGGUUGUCCGGUGAGGAGGAGGAGGAGGAACGGCCAAAAAAUUAGAAUUCCGGACGUGCGAUUUCUUAUGUGGUUAAUGCUGAUCAUAUGGUUAGACCUCGUUGUGUUUGAGUAGUUAAGCUUUUUGAAAUUUAUUCACUUUGAACUGACCAAUGUAAUAUCAUUACUAAAGACGAUUUAUUUUCCUGUUUAUUGGCUAAAAUUAUGAAAAUGAAAUGUGGGGGAAGUGUGAGGUAAAAGUUUCCACUAGUUAUGAAAAUUACAACAGGUUUUUGGUAUCAUGUGUUAAGUAUUUGACUAUUAUUGUUUGCAAGAUCACAUGCUUUAUGCUUUUUGUAUUGGACUGUAUGUA